AUGUCUUCCCCACAAACACACACCCUCACCCCUCUCGCAACCCUCACACCGCCAUCCAACUCACGAACAUGGCAAUCGGCGCCCCACCCCACUCUCCCCAUUGUCGCAACAGCAUGUUCCGACCGCAGCGUCCGCGUGUACAGCUUGACCUCCUUUACGCUCCUGCACUCGAUAACCGGAGGCCAUAAACGCAGUGUACGCACCGUUUCCUGGAAACCCGGCACGCGGGGGCAGAGCGUGCUUGCCACGGGGAGUUUUGAUUCUAGCGCGGGGAUAUGGCGGCGGGAAGAAGGCGGCGGUGUUGUGGGUGGCAUGGAACGCGACUUCACGGAUACAGGCGGACAAAUCGGCGGAUGUAUGGAUGAAGACAACUUUGACACAGUCUCGGACCAUGACGACGCCGACGACUAUCAAUUCUCUUGUAUUCUCGACGGGCACGAAUCGGAGAUCAAGUGCUUGGCAUGGUCGCCCUCGGGCCAAUAUCUAGCUACCUGUUCACGUGACAAGAGCGUGUGGAUAUGGGAGGAGCUCGAGGACGACAACUUUGAGACGGUCGCCGUACUACAAGAACACGACGGCGACGUCAAAUCCGUGGCAUGGCACCCAGAAGAAGACUUGCUGGUUAGCACGAGCUACGAUGACACUGUCCGGUUGUACAGGGAAGAUGCGGACGACUGGGUGCAGGUUGCUAUGAUUGAUGGGCACAAGGAGACAGUCUGGUGGGCUGAGUUUGAAGGCAGCGGCAUGAGUAAAAAGGACUACAGGAAAGACACGGCAGGGCUGGCAGCCGAGCAAACACAACACAUGGAGGAACUGGAGAGAUCAGGACCUAGAUUCGCGACCUGCUCGGAUGACUGCACAGUUCGCAUAUGGCGGAGACGGCCGCGAGAGAGAGACGAGUAUGCCGAGCGCAACACGGGCAUACCCAGUAUUAUUCGUUCUGCGGCCAUUGACGAGGACUGGCAUCAGGAGGCUGUGCUACCUAAAGCUCAUGAACGCGCCGUCUACUCGGUCAGUUGGAGUCAAAGGACGGGGUUGAUUGUUAGCGCGGGGAGUGAUGGGAAGAUUGUGGUCUACAAGGAGAGGUGGAGAGAACAACAAGCUGCUCCGGGUACCGAAAACGGGGAUGCGGACAAGUCGUUGACUGAAUGGGUGGUUGUCGCGGAACUCUUCUCAGGGCACGACGUGUUUGAGAUCAACCAUGUUUGUUGGGCGAGGAGAGCAGACAACGGCAAGCGGUCAGAAGACGAGGAGGUCAUAUUGAGUACGGGUGAUGAUGGCGAAGUAAGGGUGUGGACUCUGGACGAGGCAGCCGUUCCUACGUAG